AUGGCAAAUCAACAAGAGGCUGGCAAAUGGCCAGAAGAUUUUGAUGACAGUCAAUUCAAGAAUGGAUCAAAGAUUAAACAAUUUUUAAUCACCUUCAUUAAAAAUUUUAUCUCAGUGUUGCAAGAGAUGUCUAAUAUGCUUGAACUUCAAAUUGAAUUAAAGUCAGGGAUAAUUGCAGAUUCUACAUCACAAUUUCUGGAUGGUAUUAAAUCCUUUCUAUUAGCAGUCUCGCAUGAUGGACUGUAUAAUAUAGCAAAGGGAAACGAAAUAAUACAAAGACUAAUCGACGAAAUUACCGAAAGGCGCGAUCGUAAAUUCAUCAAAAAAAUUAUUGACCGUCUAACUCCCAACAAAGAUAGCAUUAAAUUAGCUAUAUCCAUAAUGGCUUGCGAUCUUGUCAGAAUCUAUGAGCAGCAAAUAUCUAUUAUUUCUGGUUAUAGCGAUAAUUACUACGUUAAAAAAUUUGCAAAUGAUAUGGUCAAGGUGAUCAUCAGGUACAUUUUAAAUGAGGAAGAUCGCCCACCGGAAAAGCCGACUGAUAUUGCGAAAUUUGUUAUCCCAUGUCUUUUUAAUCCUAAUUUUGCCAAAAAAAAGUGGUUCAAAAUAAAGAAGGGAAGUGAAUUAGAAAUAGUCUUACAAGAAAAUGGAAAGCUGAAAAAAAUCAAUUCACCAGAUUUAAUUAUCAAUACUGGAAUUAGAGUAAAGGUGAAUAAUUCUUUUAAGUGCUAUGAUCUAAGCCACGGUGGAAAAAUUGCUCUAUAUGGCUUCCGACAGUUGUCCUUUUUCAGCAUUGGCAACCAUAAAGACAUAGUGAACGGCAUCAACGAUAUUACGCAUCAAAUUAAUAUCAAUGAUCAAUCAUUAUAUCAGUAUAAAAGCAAAUUAAGCGGAAAUCUAGAUAUGGAAUCCUUUAUUCAUUAUGCUGAACAGGUUCUAAAUGUCGCCACACAGAAAGAUCGAUUUGAAAUCACUGCUACGGUCAAUGAUGAUCAAAUCAAUAUAAUUACCACAUUAUUAACAGAGGAUAUUUCAAAUUUAAUCAAUGAUAAAAUGGAUACGUUCAAAAUCUACCUGAAAGAAGCGUUUGGGAAAGAAAUGAAAGAGAUGAAAGAGAUACUAGAGAAGAUUGCAAAGUAUCAGGAUUUGAUUACAAAUGAAAAAUUCAUUUUAACUAACUCAAUUGAAGAGAUUUCAAAGGCUUUUAACAUUCAUACUAAAAAGAUGAUAGAAAAUCUAGAAAAAGCAGGAACUGAACGAAAGCAAAUUUUAGCGCUUAAUCUUAGAAUAGAGCAAAAGUUAGAUGGUUUAGUAAAUCAAAUACAGAGCAAUCCCACAGAUGCAUCAGGUCUUAAUCAACCCAACCGGAAUAUAUCACAAGAGAGCGACAAUUUGCUAAAGAAUUUUCCGAUCGUACCGGACAGUCACUAUAUUCGUCGAGAAAAAUGGAUAACUAAAAUUUGUGAUCAAUUAAAGGAAAUUGGCACGAAUGGCGGUCAAGUUUUAAUCUAUGGUUCCCCAGGAAUUGGUAAAACUGUAGCAGUUGCUCAAGCAGUAGAGCGAAGUGUAAUUGAGCUAGGCCACUUUCAAUCCUAUAAAGCAUAUUGGCUAGAUAUAGGUAAAAUAAAUGAAGAUCAGCUAGCAGAAAAGUUAAAAAGCUUGUAUCAAAUUCUUAGUGGUUCAAAAGUCUUUUCCAAUGAAUUGCCCAGCAUUCUGGAUAAUAUUAAUAGACUCUUUGAAGAGGAUAAGAAAGUAGGAAAUAAUCUAUUUGUUUUUGAUGAUAUUUGGCAUCCUUCAUAUUAUAAUUAUUUUAAAUUUGCUAAAAAAUCAAUCGCUACAUCAAGAGAAAUUAAUCCGAAUAAUAAAUUGCAGCCCUCAAUCGAAAUAUCGGAAGGUUUUACCGAUAUUGAAGUUCGUGAGGUUUUUAAGAAAUAUGAAAAAAUAGAGAAUGCCGAAAUUUGCAAAGAGGACCCGUGGAUUGAUGAUAUAAUUAUAGCUUCCGGAGGCUUACCUUUAGCUAUUGGCUUAAUUGGCGGCCUUGGUUUAAGAACCAAUGAGCAGUGGAAAAAUGCUCUUAAUUCCAUCAGAGAUGCGAAAUGCCCCAUAAAAAUUCCAAAUUAUGAAAAUAAUCUAUGGGGAACAGUGGAGUUAAGCAUAAAAAAUUUAGGUGAACAUGAGCAAAAAUUUCGGCAACUUGGUGCCUUUAAAUACCCAAAAGUAUCCAUUGAUUCUAUUACAUCAUUAUGGCAGUGUGAAAAAGAAGUAGGACAAAGUAUUUUGAGGAAAUUUCAUAGUAAAUCAUUGCUAAAAUCUUUAGAUUACGAAAGUAGUAGCUCUGACAAUGAAGUUGAAAGAGCUUUUAUUGAUCCUAUAUUAGUCUUUAAUGUAAUAAAGAAUUGA